AGUUAUCAAGGAGUAUAUUAGUUAAAAAGCAACAAUUAAAGUUCUUUAGAAAAAGCUUCAAUCUGCUUUCAUGAAUAUCUAAAAAAUGGAGCAAACUAAGAAACAAUAUAGUAUAAGUAGUUUCUGUAAGAUUUUGCCUAAAAUUGAACUGCAUGCCCAUCUCAAUGGUUCCUUAAAUACAGAUAUAUUGAAAAAGUUAGGAUGCAAUAAUGAUGCUAUAGCAGAAUAUCAACUUACAGACAUUAUGAGUAAAUCUAGUCGUACUUUGGAAGAAGUGUUUCAGCUCUUUAAUGUUGCCCAUAAUGCUACAAAAACCAAAGAAAACGUAUAUCUGGCUGCUAAAAGCGUUAUUGAAGACUUUGAUAAAGAAAAUACUGUAUAUUUAGAACUUAGAACAACUCCUAGAAGUGAGGAAGAAAUGAGUGAAGAAGAAUAUGUUGAAACAGUUAUUAAAGCAAUUACAGAUUGUAAAGAGACUUGUAAAAAAGUAUUAGUGAAGCUACUUUUGUCUAUAAAUAGACGAGCCAAUAAAGAGUCUUCUAUGAAAACAUUAGAUGUAAUUAUUAAAAUGAAGGACAAAUAUCCAGACAUUAUCAAAGGUAUAGAUUUAAGUGGAAAUCCCAUGAUCGGUACUUUCGAUGAAGAUUUGUUUGAAAAGGCUAGACAGGCCGGUCUUAAGACUGCCAUACAUUGUGCCGAAGUUAAAAAUGACGAAGAAGUUUCCAAAAUAUUAAAAUUUGGACCUGAUCGAAUUGGGCACGGUAUAUUUUUACAUCCACACCAUGGUGGCUCACAGGAAAACUGGGACCUUUAUUGCGAGAAAAAAAUUCCUUUAGAAUGCUGUUUGACUUCAAAUGUUUUAAGUGAGAGUGUGGAGCAUUAUGGAGAACAUCACAUACAAAAAUGGAUUGAUUUACGUCUACCAUUCUCUAUUAAUACUGACGAUAAAGGGGUAUUUGCAACCACAUUGUCCAAGGAAUAUGAGCACGUUCUAAGACACUUCAAGCUAACUCCACAAGAACUAUGGAAUAUUUCUUACGAAUCAAUGGGUCAUUCCUUUGCCUCAGAAGAAGAGAAGAAAGAUCUUCAGCAGAAGUUGGCUAAAUGGUAUUUCCACGUUCAGGAUACCCUUAUUUCAAAAAUUAACUUGAUUAAUAUUAACGACGAUAAUGUAGAUCAUAAACUGUAUGAUCAGAUCGAUAUUUUUAACCGUAGCUAGUUGAAAAAAUUGUUUAAUUAUACAAUUUAUUUGUAUUUCAUCCCACAUUUAUAAAGUUUCCUAUGAAGUAAAUUAUUUACUUUUCAAAU